AUGGCCGCGCCUGACGCGAGGAAGCGAAGACCAGAUCGUGAUGCGGAACAGCAGGAGGCGGGGCAGGAUGACGGGGACCCCGAGGACAUCACGAUGAUCAAGAACGUGCUCAAGUCCAUGGGGGUCGAGGAGUUCGAGCCGGGCGUGGUGGACACCUUGCUGCAGUACGCGUACAGGCACGUCACGGACGUGGUGGAGAGCGCGGCCGUGAUCGCUGGGCAGGCGCGGCGAGAGCGGAAGGACGUCACGUACGACGACCUGAAGCUUGCCUUGCGCAUGCAGCAGGGGCUCCUGCAGGGACACCCCCCGACGGCGGAGACGCUGAAAGCCAUGGCAGGGGAGCGGAACGGCAGGCCGCUGCCAGUGGUUGCGCGGCCGGGGCAGGGGCCGGCGUCGCGCGUGGUCGGCCUGGACAAGAAGGACUGGCAAACGUACGUGAGGCUGCCCGCGGAGGACCGGUGCACGGUGAUGCCGAACUACCGCCCGCUGAAGCUCAAGGAGUCGCGCGAGAACCCCUGA